ACCAAACCAAAGAACCCUCAAUCUCAAUCCUCACUCUUCCGUCCUCUUUCAUUGAACAUCGGCUGGAGCAGACCGUCUUCUUGUCAAGCCCGCCGCCGCCACCUGAAGCAGAGCUCGCGUGGAGAGGACGACGACGCCUGAAGACAGAGCUCGAUCCAGUCCUGCCCGUUGAACGAUCCUUCCAUACCUGCCGCCGCCCCGCCGCCAGUCACGCCGGCGAAGACGACCGGUAAAGGUAAGCGCCAUUCCUUCCAGCCUAGUUGGGAAAACGCCGAUGCGCUGCGUUGUUGCCGUCGGUCGAACGCAGUAGGCUGCGUUGCAUCCGCCGUCCAAACGCGGACGCCGCUCGUUUGAUCCGCUGGUCAACCGCGGUCAAGGCGCGGUUGGCCGCUGGUCAGACCGCGGUCAACGCUCGGUUGGCCUCUUUUUGCCAUUUUUUUAAUUAAUUAUAAAUACUACUUUUGAAUUAUAAUUAAAUAUAAAAAUAUAUUUUAAUAAUCAUAAAUUGUAAAUAAUGUUCUAGAUAUAUAAAAAAAUAUCAUAAAUUAAAAAUAACUAUUCGUGUUAUGAUUUUAAUAUUACAAAGUUUAAAGUAAUUAUUUUAUAUGAAUAUAAUUACCAUAAAUUAUUAUUAAUGAUCUAGAAUUAUGAAAUAAAUUCUUCAAAAUUAAAAUAAUUCAUUUUUCUUAUGUUUUUUCUCAUACAAAAUUUAAAAUAAUUUAUUUUUAUGCAUUUGGUUAUCAAAAUUUGUAACUUGCAAUCUUUUUCUUUUCAAGGUGUCUGGACAUGGAAGAGGCAAAUCAGAAAUGACUAGGAAAAGAAUGAGAGACCACACUUGUAGACUUAAAGCAACCGGUAGAAAAGAAAAUGAAGAAAAAAUUUCAUGUAAGGUUAUGGGGAAGAAGAAGAAGAAAAAUGUAGAAAUAGUGCAUCCUGACGGUAAUCCUACUCAGGGUCAGUUGUCUCUAUGUCGAGGUAUUACCUCUACUCCUGUCCUGGAGGAUUCAGUAGCUUGGGAGCCUCGUUGGAGCGACUCGGUUACUGGGGAUGAUGAUGAUAUUGAUGAUGAUAAUGAGGUUGGGAAUGUCCCACCUGAAGGGGAUGUAGUCGUCGUCAAGACCAUAGGAGUUGAGACAUCUUCUACUGCCUCGUCAUGCUUUCGAGGGCCUAGUAGACGUUAUAUUGCCGCACCUAGUGGGGAGAAUGGCAAUGAUAGGAGGAGGAGGAAGAAGAAGACAUCAAGGCAAGACAUGUCUUGGUUUCUUACAUCAGAUUCUGAGAUUUGUUCUGGUGGACCAGUGAUUCCCGAUGUCAUCCCUAGUUUUGGAGGUCACGUGGCCCUUGCACUAUGGACUUCUCCUGAGAAGGAUCGUGGGGUGUUGGAGUGUUUCCACCGACCUGGUAAGGUGGAGUCUUUGAGGCGAUAUCAGUGGAGUGUAGAGGGUUCUCGUGAGAUAGUUCGAGACACCAGAUUGUCCCACUUGGCGGGGUGCAUGAUACACCAUUUAGAUGUGGCUCUAUUAUCUGCUUUUGUGGAGAGGUGGCAGCCGGACACAAACACCUUCCACAUGCCAUUUGGAGAGAUGACAAUCCUUCUCCACGACGUGCAUCACAUUUUGCGUAUUCCAGUUGAGGGGGUGAUGAUGAGAGAUGAGGCAUCGGCUGAUAUUCUAAAGGCUGACAUGAGUGGUCUAGUUCGACUCUCAGUGGAUGCUUCCGUUGGUGGUGAGUGGAAGUCCAAGUGGUUCGUUAAUGGUGGUAUGCAUGGGGAUGGAGUGCUUGUGAGAGCUCGAGAGCUGCAGAUUGAGGAGGUUGAGGUGCAGUGUUACUUGUUUGUGUUGUUGGGAUCCACGCUUUUCGUGGAUAAGAGUCGUGAUCGCAUUCGUCCUGCGAUCAACUUGUUUCUGAAGGAUCAUCGAUCAGUGGCUGGUUAUGCUUGGGGAGCUGCUGCACUCGCCUAUCUCUAUAGGCAGCUAGGGGUGGCCACACGAGUGGAUAGUAAGAGUAUUUGUGGCUGUUUAACCCUCCUUCAGGCUUGGAUAUAUGAGUACUUUCCACUCUUUCGUCCUAGCCAGUUAGUGCAGUCUGCAGAUGCUCCUCGUGCUUCCUCGUGGGUAUGCCCUCGCUUGUCAGGUGGGGAUGAUGCUCGACAGCGCUUGUUAGGGUAUCGACAUAUGUUGAAUGAGAUGUCACCGGAUGAUGUGACUUGGACUCCGUACGGGCGAUUUCCUGGCAAGGAGGUACCGCGUUCGUUGUUCACUGGUGUCAUUCGCUUUUCUGAUAUUGCUGAGGUUUACGAUCCUGGACGUUGUCGGCGCCAGUUUGGAUAUAGACAGAUUGUCCCCCGUCCAACGAUGGUGCCAGGCGAGCACUAUCGUCCGACUUCUGGCAUCAGCUACAGUGUUUUCUGGAGCAAGUCCGUAGAUCAAUUAUGGGAUAACUUGCCGGGCCAUUCUCUUCAUUUGGACUUUGAUUCCUUCCCGUGCGAGCUCCCAUCUGAGGUGGACGAGGGAUACAUUGAUUGGUACCAGACUCGAUCGCACCCACUAAUCAACCACCUCAGCUUUAAAGGGAAGUCUUUGUGUCGUCCAGUACUACUCGAUAAGUUGUGUGAGCAGAUUGUGGAUCGGUUAGGCCCCGUAUUGAAAGUGAGGGAUCGAGCUCAUUUCGUGGAGCAUGCUGCUGAGUACUACCAGAUAUUAACCACCACUCACGAGUUGUAUGACCAGUAUAUCGGAGCACAACCUCGGUAGAUGUUUGUUAUUAUUGUGUUCAUUUUUUUUUAUUUUCACUGUUUGUUGGUAACUAGGAUGAUCAUGUUGGUUGGUAUCUUUGUGUUCUAUUUUUAAUUUUCACUUUAUGGUUGUAUCCAAACUGGGACGAUUGUGUUGUUUGUUAUCCUUGUGCUUUUCAUUGUGAGCAUUCAUAAUAUAGUUGUUUUGUUUGUUAUCAUCUAAGACUGAAAGCUACAAUAGUAUUUGUCAAUACAAUUACUAAAAUAGG